UAUAGUCAAUAUUGAAAAAAUCUACAUUUUCUCUGAUCUCAAUUUCCAAGCAACAGUUCUCACAUCGAGUCCAAGUGUCAUGUCAAAAAUGUGAAACGUCAAGAACUUUCGGAAACCACUCAAAAUUCCAGUGCAAGAAAUGAACAAAACCAAAAAGUAUGCAGAUAAAGCAGCAACUAUUUUAAGGAAACAAUGCAAGAAAAAAACGAACAAGCUGGUGUACACCGAUUAUCCAAAAGUACCACGAGGGCAUUGUCAACCUGUGUAUGUACCUAAAAUUUACAAACCAUGCGGCACCAGAAUACGCUACUGCACCGCCAAGGAGCUCAAGCUGAUGGCCGGCAGACGUAUGUGCGAGUGUCCGCGUCGAGGCAAGGCCUUCGAGACCGGAAGAUUCAUCGUGAACACCCUCAGGAACGCGAUCAAGGCCGCUGCCAUACUGGGCGUCUCGUACGUCACCUACGACAUGGGAUUCUGGGGUAUUCCGAAGGACACUCAGAACACCUUCGCGGGCCUCUGUGAGGCGAUGCCUUGUCGUAUCGACCCGUGCAAGAGUUACGACUUCAAGCCGAGAAAUCGGGAAUGCGAGGAGACUUUGGAACUGCUGAAGGUUUCGCCGCAUGAUCCUUGCUCUUGCGACAACCCCAUACCCGUCGACAUGGAAAAGUGCUGUUACAAAAUGAAGCAAGUGUGGAACCACACGGUCAUCUUCGUCUUCGAGGGCAUCGCCAACGCACCGGACAACGUGAUCAACUUCGUUGCUCGCAAAUGGCAGGAGUUCAUGACGAAGGAGUGCGAUCCCUGUAGGCGCAUGGGGAUGGAUGAGGAUGAAUUUCCGCUUCCGGAAUGCAAGCUUGAAGAUGAUUACGACGAGAAGUACUCCAAGGAGAUGGAGGACGAGUGUGAAGCUGUACAGAAGGAACUCAAGGCGUACCUUGAGGAGGAAGAGGGUGGAGAGUCCAAUCUUCCGCCUUGUGGUUAUUGACAUUGUCUGUUCAUUUUAAUCAAGUAACUGAUGAAGGAAUAAAAAUAAAAGUCAUAACUAUGCU